AUGGCUAGUCGCUUGUUUGCGUCCCUAGUAGCCGUGCUUCUGGCAAUCGUCGCUAUCUAUUACCAGGAACUUCUAGAUACAUUUUCUCUUAGUCCCAUCCUAAAGGUAGUGGACUCCACACGAGAUAUCACUUACCUUGGCAGUCUGUCCCCUGCUGGAAUUGAGCAUUUCCAAAACAUUUUCUACGCAGAAGAACCCACAGGGUGGCGACGUUUUGCAGCGCCUAUUCCAACGAGACCUGUGAAGGGAUCUGUCAUUGACGCCACCCAGCCCGGUGCCUGGUGUCCGCAAGCAACAGGGGAUAUACUUCCAUUCACAAGCAAGGUGACCAACAUUAGCGAAAACUGUCUGAGUUUGAGGAUUGCGAGACCGGCAGGAACAACUCAGGAUGCUAAACUUCCAGUUGCAGUUUGGAUCCAUGGAGGUGGCCAUGCUUUGGGCUCGGCUUCCGACAUUCUUUACGAGCCCGAUGGCUUGGUAAAUUUAGCUGCUGCUGAUGGGCUGCCGCUAGUAUAUGUUGGAAUAAAUUAUCGCCUGGGCUUUUUUGGAUUUGCAACCAGUGGGGCAAUGAUUGAAACGAAAGACACAAAUUCAGGGAUUCGGGAUCAACGUGCCGCUUUGGAAUGGGUUCGUGAUAACAUUGGGUCAUUCGGCGGUGACCCUAACAGAGUGACUGUGAUUGGACAAAGCGUGGGGGCCAGUGACAUUGGUCUGCAGCUAACGGCAUUUGGCGGUGACCAAAAUGUUCCAUUCCAGCAAGGAGUGAUGAUGUCCGGUGGUCCAGGGCUGAAUUUCAACAGCAAGCCAGAUCUGGUCGCAAGUAACACGGCUUCUAUUGCACAACAAGUAGGAUGUGGCGGUAACGAAGAUUCACAGACACUGGAGUGUCUUCGAGGUGUUCCUUUUGAGAAACUAACCAACCUAUCGGUUACUGCAGCUCGCGCUGCCCGUCCACCAUUCGGAGAAGGGUAUUUUUAUCCAACGAUCGACAAUGACUUCAUUCAAGAUAGACCCUCGCAGUUGACUCGCGCAGGAAAAUUCACUAAGGGAAUACCCCUAAUAGGUUCUUGGGUCACAAAUGAUGGUGCUUGGUACGCGCUGCCGACAACUGCAACGGACGACGAAGUUCUGGGGAGUUUCGGACUAUGGCUGCACAAACUUUCAGAAUUUACAAAAGAGAAGCUCCUACAGCUGUAUCCUCUGGAGGACUUCGAACAUAUGAUCAAGCCAGAGCAUGAGGGCCAAAUUUCUCCUCAGUACUAUCGCGCUGCACAGCUGAACCGCGAUAUCUGGUUCACUUGCCCAGUCCUUGACUUCACGUGGCAGUACGUCAAAAAUGGGGGUGUGGGAGCCUCCCAGGUGCGACUGUAUGAGUUCAACGAAACCAGAUACACACCAGUCUUUAAUUCGAUGGGUGUUUCAAUGUGGGGUGUAGCUCAUCUCAGUGAUAUCCCCUACCUGUUCUGCAAUGACCACCUAGGAGCCGGUGCAGAUAAUUCGGACUCUCAGCUUUCGCUAGGUCGGGAUUUCAGUCGAACGAUUAUCCAGUUCGUGCAUGGCACUCCUGAUGAGGCCGAUGAUCGGCUCCAGUCAUGGCCGCCUGCAUUCUCAGAUGACCCUUCGAAAUCUCCAACAGACGACGUGCCUAGUCACAUCUCAGUACAGCUGUUUGGUGGUCCCCAUGGCUCGGGGUCCACCAAAUGCAGCGAAGGCAUUGGAGCUGACAUGGAGCUCAUGACCGAGGCAGAGAAAGCACUUCACUGGGAAAAUUUGUUCAGUCGCUGCGCAUUUCUCAAUGGGCAGCAAUUUAGAGAGGAGGCAGGGGUGUGA